GUAAAUCAGGGAGGGAGCUCGCGAGGAGCGGCCGCGCGCAGAGAUGCAGGGCUGAAGGAUUUGGAGGUCUGAACAUCCUGAGGAGAAGCAGGGAGAGGCUCCAGGUGAGUGGAGGCUCCCAAAGCUGGGUUGGUUCGGAAAAGUUGGAUGUAAAGUCUACGUGCAUUUAAGCUCCAUCAUGCCUCGAUCAUUUUUGGUCAAAAGCAAAAAGUGCCCCUCACACAGCGCGGCCCGGUUCCUCGAGAGCGACCCUGACGAGCUCGGACGCAUCACACCUCCUGCACCAGUCCCGUCUGAGGCAAAGGAGCCUGAGUCUCCCGGGAGCUUGCAGUUAGGUCCCCUCACUGAGCCCUCCCACACAGACCCUUACGCCUACAUCAAGGGUGAAGAUGAGCCCGAGCGUCCCAUCUUGCCUCGGCCUGAGCCUACAGUCACAGCCAGCCGGCCUUACUACAUGUCUGAGCCUCAGAUGGCCGAAUUCGCGCCCUACUAUAAGCCAGGUUAUGGGUGGGAGCAUCUUUCUUCCCCAUUUGAUUUCAGACAGAUGGGCUUCCACUCCUCCCUCCUCCAACAUGCUAAUACCCUCUAUGGGUCCCACCUAAAGCAAAGCCCAGAAGCCUCACAACCACUGGACUGCAGCACACACUACUCCCCUUCCUCCAACACUUACCACUGCAUCACCUGCGACAAGGUGUUCUCCACUCCUCAUGGCCUGGAGGUCCACGUGAGACGUUCUCACAGUGGCACACGGCCCUUCGGAUGCAGCAUCUGCAGGAAGACCUUCGGCCAUGCAGUUAGCUUAGAGCAACACAUGAACGUCCACUCUCAGGAGAAAAGUUUCGAGUGCAAGAUGUGCGGGAAGACAUUCAAGCGCUCCUCUACGCUGUCCACACACCUGCUGAUCCAUUCAGACACUCGUCCGUACCCCUGCCAGUACUGCGGCAAGAGGUUCCACCAGAAAUCGGACAUGAAGAAGCACACCUACAUCCACACAGGUGAGAAACCGCACAAAUGCCAGGUGUGCGGCAAAGCGUUCAGCCAGAGCUCCAACCUCAUCACUCACAGCCGCAAGCACACAGGCUUCAAGCCCUUUGGCUGCGAGAUCUGCUCCAAGGGCUUCCAGAGGAAGGUGGACCUCCGUAGACACCAUGAGAGCCAGCACAGCCUGAAAUGAUGGCAGGCCGGACAGUCAAUCGCUGACCAGUCAUCGAGAAAGUCCUCUUGUGCUGGCAGGGCUGCAACACAGCACAUGGGAUGAAGACCAUAUUCUACAAACUUCAGUGCGAGCAUUUUUAAACGCACCCGAGACUCAUUUCCGCUCUCCAGAACUCCACGGCACAGUUGUACGGGUGGUGCCGAACAUGGGCUGUUUAUUGCGUCAUCUUGGAAUUCAUCCAGGUGCAAGGUACAAAAGAAAUGUAUAAACAACUUUCUGCAUCAUUUCUAUAUUACCACACAUUUUCAGCCCAUCUGACUAAUAUCAUGAAUGAGUAGCUCAGUUACUUGUUCAUCAUCUCAGUCAUAUAUUUAGCUGUGGUCAUUUUCUUAAAGGCGAAUUCCGAUUUUCUGCAUAAUUCAGCCACUGAGAUGCAAACAAAGUCAGAGUGGUUUAAUGUGAUAUUGUAGAGAAACUUACCAGCUUGGUUUUCUUUACAGUGGUGGUGAUGGGAACCAGGGGUCACCGUGUCUACAACACAGAUAUAGCCAUUUUAUUUACUAUUCUUCGGACUUUUUAUACAAAAUGCUGAUAAUGAAUUAUAAAACUAAAACUCUUUUGUCUUACGGCACCCUACAGGUACCCCUCCAUUCGGAAUGUAUUUACAAUAACAUAUGCUGGUCCAAAACCUUCUCAAAGCAUCAGACAGUGUUCAUAAACAUCUCAUGUAGUAACUUUCUCUGAGAGGCAUUAAACACCCCAAACGUCUGGUUCCCGUCGCCACCGCUGUGAAGAGUGUUGAUUCUAUAAUGUAGCAUUUCACAUUAAGCCACCCUGAAGGACUUUGUUUACAUCGUAACCAUUUAAUUAUGCCGAAAUUUGGAGAAAUGGGUGGAAUCCCCCUUUACGUGUCCUUGAGGGCUGUACAAAUGGGUGACAAAUUAAAGGGAGCUUGAAAAAGUAAAGAAAACCUAACAAGUGCAGACGUACAAUUAAGCAUGCUGCCGUGAUCUGUGGCACGUGUACAAAGCUGAGUGGCCCAAGUUGACCUCAAGUUUGGAUCAAGAGGAAAAGAUUUGUGACUUUCAAAGAGGUUUCAUUUCAUUACUGGAGCACAAACAGCAGGAGUUUCAGUCACAAAGACGACGAGCGUUUCAGUAGAAACAGUGGCUAAAGUGAAAUCUGCGUUUAGAUCUGUGGGAAAGACAUCAGUAAACAGAGCUGGAUACGUACGGAAAACCAGAAAAGCAACUGUCGUUACGGAGAAUGUGGAUGCAGGAUAGUGUCAGCAAGAACAGGCCAUCCAGAACUACAUAAUCGGGGACGUUGUGGCAGGACUGCAGUGCAGAAACCUCUCAUUAGGGGGUCAAAACAACAGACACUGGUCUACUGACAUGCGGAAAACCAUGUUCUCCACAUGUGAGCAGCGCAUGUGCAGUAGAUAUCAAGAGAGCAGUGCAGGUCUGAAGGCUUGAAGGGGUCUGUUGCUGUGGGGGAGCAUUGCUGACAUAGUUUGGGUCAACUUGCGCCCUUAGAGGGAAGGGUCACCGAGAAUACAAAGUUAUUCUGGCUGAUCUUAUUUAUACUAUGAAACAUUAAUGGUGCUGCUGGUGGAAGAAAACCUUGCAUCUCCAAAAUAGUAACUUUACAGGAGAAGGAAAAAACUUACUUGACUCCUAAUGUAAGUCAAUGGAACCAGAGUUUUCCCCGUGUCAUUUUGGGUCAUUUCUUUUAGUCCAGUCAUCGUGAAAUUUACACACAAUGUAAAGGGCAGCAGGUAUUUUCAUAAUAUGAUAAAAACCGAAAAACGACAAAAACGGAGAUGCGAGGUUUUCCUCCGACCGCAGCGAUAUCCCGAGUGGUAGAGGCCUCCUCCAGAAUGACCAUCCAAAAAAGAACAUGUGGACUCACUGACUGGCUAUAUGGACAUUAAAACUAUGUAAAUCACAUGCUGAGGCCUUCACUUGAACACCUAUGGCACGUUACUGACUGAUGUUAGACAGAUCUCUCCACCAGAUCACCCAGUGAGGGAAUAUUAUCCAUAUAUGAGGGAACGUUAUCCAUCCGGCAGACUUUAGGCCAAGGUCCACUGAAGCCGUUCUGGUAGAGCUUGUCGGCCCAACACCCUGUGGUGUUUUUCCCUUUAAAGGGCCCAUGUCUUAUAUUUCUCUUGUGUUUGAUAUUUUCUCCCCUUAUGAUGUGAUGAUGUUUGCGUGGGUUUAUGGAAAACAGUCAUAUUUCUUUUCAUAUAGAAUAAAACAGACUGUUUUUGCACUGUGCCUUGAAGUGUGAUAUAUGCAAAAUAAGCUCUGUUCUCGCCCUCCACCGUGCCUUGUUGACAAAGCAGGCCGGGCUGAAACACUCCUUAUGACUUCGGUGUGAGUGGGCGGGGCUAAUCUGCUGAAAAUGUGAUGGGUUUUGUGGCAGAACCGUUCAAAGUGGACUGUUUUCACUUCAUAUCUGAGCUGUACGAAGUGGAGAGUGGACUUUAACCGUGUUUACAUACUGCAUCGAACUCUUACUAAAAAAAAAAAAUGCCCCCAUGAUGUGCCCCCUUUACUUUGUCACCCACCUGUAUGUUCUUUUACAUGAAUGUUAUUUAAGGCGAGAAUUGUAACUUAAGUUCAGCAAAUGCUAUUUAUGGAAUAUGUUUUUGUUCUAAACUACAUGCAAACGCUCCCCUGUCUGGAUAAAAGUUGCAAAAAAAGUGCAGAAGAUGAAAGAAGGGGCGCUCAGAGUGGUAAAUGGCUAGGAGGACAAAUGGACAGAGGCAGCGUGUGUUACGUAUGUAAAUGCCUGAGCUCUCUCUGUCCAACCUGAAGCCUGAUAUGAAACACGAGAUGGCCCUGGAAAGAGUGCCUGGCUGUGUUUGCCUUUCGCGUGUCCGCCCUGUAGAGGAUCCGGAUGCACAGUUCCCGUUGGCUUUGCGGUCGCUCCUGCACUUUUUUCUGCCCCAGGCAGGGCGAAAUCUCUGUGCGAUAGAGCUUCAUUCAAAUGUGUACCUGGAACUCUGCAUGCAAAUCUCCUGUCAAGCGGGUUUGUAAACUUCAAGGGACUGGAUGGACGGACUCCGUGGCCUGGCACGUAGGGAGAAAGCAGCUUUAACGUAAAUUCCUUUGGGCUUUGUGCAGGGGGAGUCACAAAGCAGAAGAUUUACAUAGCUUGGUAACUUGCAAACAGUGUCUUUGGGUUUGAGUUCUCUGUAAAAGAAAACAACAACAAAACAACAAGGGUGCCAUGUUAUCACAAGGCUGCUGUUCCAGACACUAAAGUGAGAGAUUUGCAGACACUCCCAUCUCUCCCAUCAAUCCAGUCCCAACUACUUUGACAAGCAAAUUCCUAAUGACACCGCUGAGCACACACCAGCUCCCUCAAACAAAAGAGACAGUUAGGAAAAUCCCAUAGCAGCACGAUAUGCCCUUUUAUGGGCACUUCAUUUCCUUGUCUUUGUUUGGACUGUUAUUUAUGACAAUAGCAAUGAAAUAAAGAGGUUUUCACUUGA